AUGGGGUUUGGGGUCAUCACCAAGCUGAACAACGAGACGUCGGCGGGGCAGGCGGUGACGGUGGAGCUUUUCCUCACCUUCCAGCUCGUCCUCUGCGUUUUGGCGUCCACGGACGAGCGGCGCGAGGACCGCGUGGGCUCCCCCGCCAUCUCCAUCGGCCUCUCGGUGGCCGUGGGGCACCUGCUGGGGAUCCGCUACACCGGCUGCUCCAUGAACCCCGCGCGAUCCUUCGCCCCCGCCGUCAUCGUGGGCGACUUCAGCGACCACUGGGUGUUCUGGGUGGGCCCGCUGCUGGGCGCGGCCGUGGCCUCUCUGCUCUACAACCUGGUGCUGUCCCCGCAGCCCCGGACGCUGCAGGAGCGCUUGGCCAUCCUGCGUGGCCGCGGCCCCGACCACGAGUGGGCCGAGCGCGAGGCCCGGCGGCGGCAGUCGGUGGAGCUGCACUCGCCCCACUCCCUGCCCAGGGGGAUGUCCGAGAAAGUGUAA